GUCUUACUGCCGAUUGGUAAAUCAUUAUCAUAACGACGCCAGGGCGUUCAUGACAGGUCCAGCGGCCGUGGUAUCACGUCUACAACUCCAACGAUAGUCCGCAGCACCUAUGACGGCCUUCUAAAUGCUUCAAGAAUGUAAAAAUUCACAGGCUCUCCUUCACACUCUCAUCCAACACAACACCUAUGACUAACAUGUUUUGUUUGAGUAUUACGCCAGCGAAACUGUCAGAUAUUCCGUCUGAAGAAUCGAUUUUGGCCGCUGGUCGUGCUGUACUCGAAUCUAUUCGGGGAUGGAAAGAAGGGAAAAGCUACAACCACCACACGGUGAAGACGUUUUCUCGAUCUAAAGGGCCAAACGAUGGCGCUGCCUGGCAUUGCAGAGUCAGUGAGCAUACAUCAGACGAUGCGACCUUCGACGAGUUCUGGGACAAGCUUGGAAAUAAUAAGGCGGAGAACGAGAAGGAGUUCAUCUCGGAGAUCAAGAAGGUCAGUCUCGUUAAGCAGAUAUCCCGAACCCAGAGUAUAUGGACACUGUACUACACAUUCCCACCUCCUGUGUCUCCGAGGGUCUUCACCGUACUUCAAACUACUCACAUCGAAGAGAAUCCCCGUCGCACAGGGAUCAUUGUUUCUAUACCAAUCGAUCUUUCAGACGACCUAGAGCUUUCCAAGCUCGAGGAGCAUGGUGUCAAGGGACAUUAUACCAGUGUCGAACGCCUCAUGGAACUCGAGAGCGCGAAAGUCGAAUGGCGAAUGGCUACCUCCAGCACCCCGGGAGGAAGCAUUCCACAGUUCAUUACAGAGCGCACGAUGGCAGGAAAGAUCUCAGAGGAUGUGCCCCACUUUCUCAAAUGGCUUAAGAGCCAUCGUCGACCAACCAUGCUAGAGACACCUCUUCCUGCCCCUCAAGCUGAGACAUAUCACAACAAAGAUGUAACUCGGGAUGGAUUCCAUGAAAUUGUUGCUUCCGGUGCCGUCGGUUCGGUUUCGCCUUCGGGCUUCGCAAUGCGAUCCUGAGCAUGACAGAUACUAUUACCAGAUGUUUUCCGGGUUGUAUCAUAUGGACAAUGGUACGGCUCACGAUUGACGACGUUGACGAUUUCUUGUAAUAUACCUGAGAAUUUAAGGAGGAUAUAUAUACCAUGUUCAUUCC